AAGUAACCAUUCGUUUCUUUUUCACGAGGGGUCGUCAUCUCGCCUUUGUGACGUGUCCACGAGAGCGAAGGCGCCUUUAUCGCCGUGGCGACACUUGUCUUAUCUUAGCGCUACGAAACUACGGCAUACGCCAAGCUUGGCUUGCGCAGCUCACAGUCUCCAGCACUUGCAGUGCGCCAUCGCAAUGAAUGAGCGCGACGGAGGCGUCACUCAAACGCGAGUUCCUCUGCCGCAAGUGCUUUACGACGACGCAUCGUUCAAGCGUCGACGAGCACUGCGGUUUCUCGCGUUCGCAGUAAAGGGAUCGACACGUUUGUAGAAGGCCGCGACUCUGUGGACUAUUUCCCGUGAUCGCCGCAGUGUUGUGUGUGCACGGCUGAAGGGAUCGUUGUAACAGUGCGUGUGCGUCCGUGCUUCUUCGACGAGCCCCGAACAGGAUGGCUGAGGACUGCGCGUGGCUGACGACGCGCACGCUAUUCGGGUUCGGCGCCGGCUUCGACUGGCGACGCACGUCUUUCUUGGAGCCCCUGCCUCCCGAGAGAGUGUGCAGCUACUGCGGGCUCGUCGGUAAAUGGACGGCGCUGUUUCCCUGCUCUCACACCGCGUGCACUCGCUGCUACCGCAAGUUCGUGCGAUGCGGUCACACUUGCGUGCUGGACAGAACGUGCUUCGCGGGCCGUCACAUCUACUGGACCUCCUUUUCCGAGGCAGACCUGGCUCGGCUAAGCAUUCGCUGUUGGAACUCCGCCAGUGGCUGUGACGUCGUCGGACCUGCGUUUAGUACACUGCAGCAUUUCCAGAGGGAGUGCGAGUACCACGCGCUCAACUGCAAUUUCUGCGGCAAGACUGUGCAGCUACGGGAGCUGGACGAGCACUUGGCGUCAAGCUGUCUUCAAACUUUCUCGCUGAACGGCACGAUCCCGACGAAGCACGCCGUGCAUGCUCAACAUGAAACACGGAGCGAUUCCACGAGGGCAUCGGGCGACGCAUCGCACUCCGCUGGUGAGAAUAGCCCGGUAACUGGACCAUCACCGUAUGAAAAUGACACUGGUCAGCCUGUGGAAAAUGGCAGACGUAUAUCGAGAGCACUUAGCGAACGCUUUCGCAAAGAGAACAUCGUCCCUGUCGUUUAUGCAUGCAACAAAGCAAGCUCCAGCGCAGUACACAACUCCGUGCGAGGGAUCGUAGUUGGUGACAAGGAGAGUGUUGCCCAUUCGGGCCGUGCAGGCAAGAUUGUUCGCGAAAGCCAUUCCGAAGGUACUGAGGCUUGCCCGCGCACGAAAUGUGCUCGUGCGAAAGGAAGUAGAAAGAAGGCCAAGCGGCUUGAGCAAUGCGGCCUUUCAGCGAGCACCAAUCGGGAAGAAAAUCCUCCCGUUGAUGCUUGUGACAGGACAGACAGUGCUUUGUAUGCAAGCGGGGAGGCAUUGGGCCACUAUCUUCGCCUCUUGUGGGAAAGAAUUCCGACUGUGAAGGCACGGUACGAGGAAUACGUUUACCAGCCAGGCCACACGCCGCCUCGUUGGUGUACAGAUGUUGGUAGAGAACCUACGGAUGUUAUAAUCACUCCGACGUCUUCAUUGCUGACAAAUGGGGCACCCAGCAGGAAAGUUCGGCCAACAUCCCCGGGAGAGGAUCCUGUCGAAGAUGCUGAAGAGAAGCGUGGCAAUCCAGGAGUUAAAGCGGCAUCAACCACCAGCAGGGUUUCAAAUGAAACCGCAAUCGACUGCAAUGGAAGCGUGCCCCCUCUUCCGCGGCUAUUUCACCAGGAGGUAGAUAGAGAACCUACGGAUGUUAUAAUUGCUCCGACGCCUUCACUGCUGACAAAUGCGGCACCCAGUAGGCAAGUUCAGCCAACACCCCCGGGAGAGGAUCCUGUCGAAAAUGCUGAAGAGAAGCGUGGCAAUCCAGGAGUUAAAGAGGCAUCAACCACCGGCAGGGUUUCAAAUGAAACCGCAAUCGACUGCAAUGGCAGCUUACCCCCUUCUCCGAUGCUUUUACAACAGGAUUUGAGGCACCGCAACCGUCAAAUCAACAGAGAAACAUUGGAGCAAUUUAUCGAUCACGUGAACGAAGAGGUGGCGCCCAUCCCCAGUGCGAUAUUCAGAACUUUUAGCAAGUUGCAGACGACGAAGCGCGAGCACACGAACGGCUGGGAUCCGCAGUGCCAAGAGACGGACGAGAUUUCGCUACGAGCUAUUUGCAAUCGUGCGAAAGCAAUCGAGGACGAAAGCAAUCGAAGCAAUAGUGGACCAUGGGGAACGGUGACGGGAAAUUCCUUGGUAUACGCCAUGGACAGCGGUCUGCCAGCUGUCCAGAGAUAUUCGAAGUCUGUUCGCUGGAGCGUCGAAAACUGGUCUGCUCUGAAGGCCACGGCGCUGGCCGACGGCGCAGCCUACUCACGCUGCUCCAGCGAUACUUGCCCGUUCUUCGGGUACAAAAUCAGUCCCGCACUGCUGAUUGAAAAUUCCGGGGGUUUACUUCUGGUGCGACUGGCCAUUUUUGUGCUCAAGGGAGAAUACGACGAUUUCCUGGCGUGGCCCAUCAAGAAAAAAAUGGUGUUGACUUUCCUGCACCCGUCGGACAAGAGUAAGAGGCUGAAGCUGAACGUGAACACGACCAUUGACGGGACAAGCGAGGACUACAUGCCUCCCAAGGACAACGAGACAGGCCCCAUAUUGAGCCCGGCAAGCAUUAUCGCGACGCACUUGGAGGCGAAGGGACACAUCGUAGACGAUAAGGUGGUGUUGAAAUUUAGAGUCAUGGAGGUGCCCAGCAGCAGACAAGACUUAAGUGACGAAGGCACCGCAUGACUCAGCUUUUUGGGACUGAAUAAAGAGUGCUUUUAGCAAGAA